UUCUUAGUAAGCGCAAAAUCAAAGCGGUUUGGUAUAAUCGCGAAGAGCGUUGCAAUCUAACAAUAAUUCUCACUCAGUAAACAUCAAUGAAUGUCAACAAAGAUUUAAAUUACGCAUUUAACUUGAGCCGCCAAUGUUUGCGGCUAUUUGGCAUAUGGCCCGAUCCACAUAUCUCUUUGAAUGAUUUUCGUUGGCCAAGCAUAAGAUUCAUAAUAAUUAUUUGUAUUAUGAGUAUUUAUGUAUUCACCCCACAAAUGAUAAAUCUGAUCCGUGCUUGGGGUAACGUGAAUCGAAUGAUGGAUGCCUUUGUAGCCGCCAAUUUUUUCUUGAUGGCAUUGUGGAAGCUGAUUUAUACCAGAUAUCACGGCGAGAAACUUCGAAUACUAAUAGCAUCGGUUAUGACUGAUUGGGCAACUUCGAAGAGCAAUUGGGAACGAAGUACAAUGUUGAAGCUAACAAGAAAUGGCAGAAAUUUAUCUUUUGGAUAUUUCAUAGCUGCAAUAUGCACAAUCCUAUCUGCUUAUUUUGUUCGUAUUGGGGCUGUCAUACGAAACAUACACCAGCCUCGACGACAUCUUGUCUAUCGGUUCGACUACAUUCAAAAGAGUCCGAAUUAUGAAAUCACCUGUUUUAUUCAAAUCUGCAGUAGCACAUAUGCAAUUCUCGGCAACUAUAGCGUCGACAGCUUCAUCUCAACAUUCAUGUUUCAUAUAUGCGCACAACUAAUAAACCUACGAAGCACGCUCAACAAUUUAAUCGGCGAAUUAGGCAACAAAUCCAUAUCUUCCUUGAAAUUUAGAAAAGAUCUAACUGCGAUCGUUAUACGACACAAGCAUCUGAUCAGGUACACCUGGAAAUUUUCAAUGCGCGCACAUAUUAUGUAA